CUUCGCUCAACCUCCGUACGAUGAUUUCAUCCCACUACUAUAAUAUUGACUAUGCUAACUUGUAGUACAGCACCGGUCCCCUUCGGUUCAAUCUUCCGCAGCCCGUUCCAUCUUACAAUGCAUCAUUCUCGGCCACGGCAAUGGGGCCUGCGUGCCCUCAACAAACCAUCGACCUUCCAAUCCUGACAGGACUCGCAGCGGAAACGAUAGACUUCAUCGUGAACAGCAUUUAUGGUUUUGUAUUCCCAGACGACGAGGAUUGUCUAACGAUCAACGUGAUUAAACCUGCCUCCGCUACAACCUCGUCGAAGCUGCCUGUCCUUGUGUGGAUAUUCGGAGGCGGGUUUGAGCUCGGGGGUCCACAAAUGUACGAUGGAACCAGUAUCGUUGAACGUUCCAUUGAACUCGAUGAACCUGUAAUCUAUGUUUCUAUGAACUAUCGGGUCACAGCUUUUGGAUUUUUAUCUAGUCAAGAAGUUAAGGAUGCUGGGGUCGGAAAUCUUGGUCUUCAAGAUCAACGGGAGGCGUUUAGAUGGGUCCAAAAGUACAUAGGGGCGUUUGGUGGAGAUCCGACAAAAGUUACCAUCUGGGGGGAAAGCGCAGGUGCAAUUUCAGCAUCACUGCAUAUGGUGAGCAAUGGUGGUAAUACGGAAGGACUAUUUCGUGCAGCUUUCAUGCAAUCUGGCUCCCCUAUACCGGUGGGGGACAUUACCGACGGUCAAGCUUAUUACGAUACAUUAGUCGAAGCUACUGGCUGUUCUGAAUCUAGUGAUACAUUGGAUUGUCUCAGAGGCGUUGACUACACGGUGCUCAAAGCUGCAGUGGAUGCCUCUCCGGGUAUCUUCGCGUAUCAGUCUCUGAAUCUUGCAUGGCUUCCCCGUGCAGAUGGUGUCUUUUUGACUGAUGACCCUCAAAAGCUGGUACAGCAGGGCCAAGUGUCUGCUAUCCCAAUUGUCAGCGGCGAUUGUGAUGACGAAGGAACCCUUUUCUCUCUUGCAAGUUUGAAUGUCACGACACAAUCUGAUAUCGCCACCUACGUACAGACAAUUUUCCUCCCGAAUAUAUCAGAUUCGGACUUGGCAGAAUUGUUGACGGAAUACCCAGCAGAUAUUACAGAAGGCUCCCCCUUCGACACUGGGAUUUUGAACGCGAUCACUCCAGAGUUCAAGAGAAUCGCUGCAUUCCAGGGGGAUGCCGUGUUCCAAGCUCCUCGUCGAUUCUUCCUGCAAAGUCUCAGCGGGAAGCAGCCCAUUUGGUCAUUCAUAAACAAACGACUCAAGGACUUACCGGUUCUGGGUUCAGCCCACGGCACCGACAUUUUGAACGUUUACGGAGGGGGAGACAUGGCGGACUAUCUCAUCCGCUUUGCUGCAACCCUCGAUCCUAACGGCAACACUGGAAUUGAGUGGCCACAAUAUACAACUGGUUCCCCUAACAUGUUACAGUUCAACGAUGGUCUGAUUCCGUUGACGCUUUCCUUGGACAAUUAUCGGGAAAGUGCAAUGAGCUUCACAACCCAGUUGACGUUGACAAACCCGGUAUGAUGCAAGAUUCCGCCUCGAGAAUUGAGGAAAGGUUGAGUUAGGUAUAUUUCAAUAGUUCAGCGUAUAUGUGUUCAGUAAAUUAUUGUGGAGGGGGGCCACUGCAUUUCAUGCAUGGCAUAACACUAAACAGAGGGAAUGUGUGCGUAAUCGAUGUGGAGUGAUAAUGAGUAUCGAAGAUUCGAAGGUGCCGAUCGGAAGUUCAACUUGGCCAUGUGCCUCAUCAACAAAUAAGCGCUACGGAGUCUGGUUCACUGGGGCCGGUGAGACGG